AUGGAUACAGAGUGCAUAGAAAUUACAAACCUAGAAGAUGGGAGAACUAAUCAUAUGUCCAAUGGUUUAGAAACCCCUUCAAAAGUUAUUUCAUCUCAUGAGACUAAUGAUGGUGAUCAUCCUAAUCUUCAUCCUCGUAUUGGAAUGGAAUUCAACAACAUUAAUGAUGUUAAGGAAUUCUACAUAUCAUUUGCUAAGAAAGAAGGUUUUGGAAUUCGAACUCGUACAACCAAGGAAAAUUUUUGUACACUUGUAUGUUCUAAUGAAGGUAAACAUACAACAAAGAGUAGCAAUGAAGACGAAUACAAUGUUUCCAUGGGAACUAAGAAAAAGACCUCAACUUCUAGAACUGAUUGCAAGGCAUUACUUAGUGUUUCAAAAGCAUGGAAGAGGAGCAAAUGGAGUAUCAUAAGCUUCAGUAAUGAUCAUAAUCAUGCCAUGCUUAGCCCUAAGAGUGUGAAUUAUCUUAGGUGUCAUAAGAAAAUGGGUAUGCCAGCUAGGAGUCUUGUUGAGAAGUUUGAUGAGGAGGGAAUACCUACAGGAAAGGUUGCUAAAAUGUUCAAUAGUGGAGAUGAGACAGAGAAGUCUUUUGAAUGGUUAUUUCUAACAUGGCUAAAGGCAAUGAGUGGAAAAAGUCCUGUGUCGAUAAUAACGGAUCAAGAUUUGGCAAUGAAAACUGCAAUUGCCAAUGUGUUUCCAAAUACUCGUCACCGAUUAUGCUUGUGGCACAUCCGCAGAAAAUUUGCCGAAAAGCUUUCACAUAUAUACCAUAAAAAAUCACCUUUCAAGAAGGAAUUGAAAUCGUGCAUUCGUGAGUCACCAUCCAUUGAAGAUUUUGAAGAGAAUUGGGAGCGUAUUUUAGUCGCCUAUGAUUUGAAGGCGAAUCAAUGGCUUCAAGGUUUGUAUAAAAUAAGAGAGUCAUGGGUACCUAUUUAUAACAGAAGUACUUUUUUUGCUGGGAUGAACACUACACAAAGAAGUGAGAGCAUUAAUGCUUUUUUUGAUUCAUUUGUUAAUUCGUCAACUAUACUACAAGAUUUUGUAGUGAAAUUUGAAAAGGCAGUGGAUAGCCGGUAUGAAAAACAGAAACGAGAAGAUUUUGAAUCAAGGCACCGAUCACGUCUCUCUGGUAUUAAGUCAAAAAUUGAGGAGCAUGCAGCAUCGAUUUAUACAAGAACCAUGUUUGGAAAGUUUCAUGAUGAGCUCGCACAGAUUCUUCAAUUCAAAAAGGAGAAAAUUGAAAAAAAUGGAUCUCAAUAUACAUACAAAGUAUCCAGCUGUUAUGACUCUCGAGACACAUUCAUUGUCCAUGUGGAUCUUGAGACAAAGGUUGCAAAGUGUUGUUGUCAACUUUUUGAGUUUAUGGGAAUAUUAUGCAGACAUAUCUUGGUGAUUUUCCAAGCCAAAAAUGUUGUCAACAUUCCAAGUAAUUAUAUUUUAAAGCGUUGGACAAAAGAUGCUAUCAAGGGUUCUGAAUUUGAUGAAAAUGGGGGGAAAAAUUCGAUUGAGAACAACAGUUCAGCAACUCUACGAAGUAUACAUGUACAUACUCAAGCCAACCUAUUAUCUGAUCUUGCAGCAAAAUCACCUAUUUUACACGAAAUGAUAUCAGAUGGAAUGAAGCAACUGUAUGACAGAGCUUUAGCACGAAAAAAUGAACUGCGCAUUGAAGAUGGCAUAACUCCUUUAGAGCCAAGUUCUGAAAAUUUGACGAGUGAGCCAUUGAACGUAUCUGUUGAAUUAGAUAUUAAAGAUCCACGUGGUUCACAAACUAAAGGAAGAAAAAAGGAUGUGACAAGAGAGACUCAACAUGGAAGAAUAAAAAGUAGUAUUGAAUUAUCAAUAAAUCGAUCACAAGCCAAGAGAAGAAGUUGCCAAUUAUGUGGAGAGCAUGGCCACAAUCGGCGAGGCGAAGUUGCAAACAAAAGACAAGUGACGAUUCUAUUGAUUGAUGGAGAUGGUUUGGUGUUGACAUCUGAAGUGAUGUCUUAA